ACCAUUCCUAUAUUGUGCCUAAAGUGUUUUUGAAAUUUUAAAAUGGAGAAGUUUAAAGAAGUAGAAAAAAUGGAGAAACUUAAAGAAAUAGAAAAAAUGGAAAGUGGCGAAUAUGCUCAACCCUUGCUAGGUUCACCAACAGCAUUUGAUGAUGAUCUCAAGUCUGAUAGUUGUAUGGAAUUUGUGGAUAUAUUCCUGAGCAACACUUUGAUUUGCAUUCCAGUAGUUCUAUAUUGGAGCAGCGCCUGGGACCUUUUUGAGCUUUACGAAAGAUAUUUCCCAGUAUAUCCAACUUUCUGUAUGGGAAUUUUCAUCCAUCUGGUUUUCGCGUUGUGUCAAAAAUUGUUUCAUGAACUUCUCGUAGAAACCACAUCAAAAAAUGUGUUUACCCAAUGUUUUAAUUGGGUGUGCCACAAAAUAUACUUCCAGGUGUUUUUCUUUGGAAACGUCAUGCAUUGGGGAGGAGGUUUUAUAAUUUUUGAUAAAAUAUGUAGAGUAAAUGAUAAAAACUUUAGCGUACUAUUCGUUAUACUUUUUUCGUCAAUCAUGUUUGCUAUUCUGUCGGCCACUAGAGCCGUUAAGAAUGUAUUAGCUUCACCUAUGGCUGUAACAGUGGAUGAAAAAUCUGAAAAUUUCGUUUUUAACGCCCAAUAUUUUAAGGUUAUUUAUUUAGCAGUUGUAGCAGGUGAACAACACAAACACCCGACUAAUUCCAUAACUUCCAAGGCUCAGACGAUUUAUAUAGAUCCCGUAAAAAGACCAGGACGUCCUUUUGAAGUCAAGGUGCUAGGACUACCACCUCAAGAGUUUACUCCUACCACUUCUACGAUUACUCCAACUACCAAGAAAAGCACGACACGUAUUCCUCAAGUUAAUUACUACAAACAACAUCAGUACCCGAAGAACAUACAAGAGGUUUUAGAAUAUAUAACCAACAGGCCCAAUGACAUUGUUCAUAGCAACGACAAUAUUGUAGAAACUUUCCAGGUACCUGUGGAAAAAGUACAAGAGACUUCUGGAGAUUUUAGACCGACUAUAUCCAACAGCCAACUGUAUUCCUUUAAACCUACUGAUAUCAGCGAAGUUAAUUUAUUAGCUACGGGAAAUGUGAGGUUUUCUCCACCUGUGUGGAAAAAUUUCCAAAAACAACCAAUUCCUAUACACAGCUUUAUUAAUUUGUCCAACAGUGAAAAUGCAACCAGAGUUCCAAGACAAUACAAGAAUCCCCUUCCAUUGUAUCCACCGCUUGGUAAUGAUCAAAAUGCUGAUGUUGAAAUGAAAUUGCCUAGACCAUAUUUUCCAGUUGCUCCUAAUUUUCCUUUUCCACCAAACUAUCCUAAGCCGCAUCAACCAGAAAAUGGAGACGUGGUAGCUACUGUAAGAAAGCCUCUACUGGUAAAUAUAAAUAUUGUUCCAAUGGAUGCUACGAAAAGAAGAUAUCCAGGAGAUAUACAAGGUCCUUAUGAAGAUCGAAAGCAGGAUGCAAUGAAUUUACAGUUAAAAGUUUAUCCAGACAUGUCAUUUUUCAACGAAUUUCAAAAAAGUGUAGACUCGAAAAAAACGCACACAAGAUACCAAAAAUAAUAUUUAAUUAUUAUAUUUAUUUAUAUCCAAUAAAUAUUUUUCAU